GUGCCUCGGUUGACAGUGUCCGUACGAUGAUCAGGUUUGUAUGUGUACGUGUGCGUGUGUAGUGCAUCCGAAGGAAAACAUUACGCAGCUAGAACCCCGUUACAUCCGAAUCAUCGUAUUAUGUUGAAGAUCAUUGCACUAAAGUGGACACGUGUUGGAACGAUGGAAUUCACGUGGAUCAAUUGUUUCUCCAUCACCGUGCCCGAAUAACAGGCCUAAAGUAAAAGUGUUACAAAGAAAAUCCCAUGCCUUUCAUAGAUUAGAUUCUCAAACGUGGGUAGAAAAUGUCUUGGUUGGGAUGCCUUCCCUGGUCUCAAGGGAUCAAGAAACGGGCCUGCAGAUAUCUUUUACAACGAUAUCUCGGUCAAUUUUUGGAGGAGAAAUUGACGCUCGAUCAGCUCACUGUAGACCUUUACAAUGGUACUGGUCGUGUAACCAAUGUUAGCCUUGAUGUACAGGCACUCAAUGAAAUGGGAGAGCAGCAACAUCUCCCAUUGGAAUUUGUCGACGGUUUUAUAUCAGAAAUGUCCAUUAGUAUACCAUGGUCAGGUCUGCUCAGUGAAGCUAGUUUCGUUGAAGUAACUAGUUUAAGAUUAACAGUUCAACCGAGGCAAAGAGCAGAAAGUGGAACUUCCAUGUUCGAAUCCAUGUGGAGCUCAAUGACGUCCAGCAUGCAGCUUGCACAGGAAUGUUUACAAGAAGAUGCAAAAAAUGCUGGAAAUUCUCAACCAUUAGAAGGGGUUGAACUAUUUGCACAAACUAUAGAUUCGAUUUUAUGUAGGGUGAAAGUAAGAUUUAUAGACACUAUAAUACGUUUGGAACAUGUGCCACUGGACUCUUCGACUGGCGUCGCAAUAGAAAUGUGUAUAAAGAACCUUGAAUAUUCAGACGAAGCAGGCUUAGAUCCAAGCAGUACUUCGUUAGAUCCUAGUCAGUCAACGAAAGGAUACGUCGUGUCCGCGUUCACGACGAAACGCUUCUGUUUAGAAGGGGUAACCUUCCACACGGACGAAUUUCCUUCGCGUGCAAGAACUUUCUCUAGAAGUAUCAUAACGACGAGCAGGGGCUCUACGCCAGAUUCAAAAAAUUCGGAUGGCCAAUUUUCUUCUGCACAAAUAUCCCCGAAUCAAAACACUCAAACUCCUCCGGAGCGGAACAUUAUUAACAAUUUAAGCGAAUCGAAUCCUAUAAUGUUUGCCAAGUUGGCGGGCAGACAGGAGAUAAGAUUGAAAUUGAAGCAAGGGGAAGGUGUGUCAGGGCCAAAGGUAGAAUUAGAAGUGACACUGGGAUCGUUUACUUCGUUUUUAAGUCCGCGACAGGUGCACGUGUUGUUGGAAUUAGGGCACGGACUUGCCUCUCCCGAUUUAGAGGACGUCAGCAACGUUGCUCCGAGACACUGCGCUGAGAAACCAAUGGCUGGGAGCGAUUUUAAUCGGGUCGAACGGGAACUCAUUCAUCAAAUACAUCCGAUUCAAGGAUUACGUUCUAUGGAUCUGAGGCAUACGCAAGGAUGGUCAACGGCAUCCUUGGACGAAUCGGAUAACGAAGAUGAAUUUUUGCCAAUGCGAUUGCAGGGCUCCACGUCGAUGAGCGAUUCGGUUACGAGCAACAAUAUUAGCAUGGACGGGAGUACAUUGUCCAGUAGUAUUAGUUUAAAGAAUUCAGCAACAAAUUUACCAAAGCAACAGAAGCAUAAGCAUGGGGCGGACAAUGCUGCCUCCGUGGAAACGUCCCAUUUCCAUGUCAGGGUAUCUUCCAUAGCUGUGAUCCUGCUGCACGAAGAUAUAUUAACGACGUGCGUAGAGGGAGGCGGUCUCACGUGUUCUAGUAUACAGCAAAUGAAAACUUCGGCAGACGAAUUUUUCAACCAAUUGGGAAUGUUCGCAGCUGGUGGAUACGGAAACAAGGAUUUUGAUAAAGCGUCGAAAGUACUGUUGGAUGCUUGUCACUUGAGUCACAUCAGAUUGCUCGCUGCACCACUAGUGAUCGAGGGACGAGAAAAGAACACCGCACUGUCUUCUACAGUGUCCGGAACAUUAACUUUAGCUAGCUUAGAAGUUGUAGAAUGCUUAAUCGAUUCGAAUAAUUCUACCGAGAGUAAGCCGCCAUCAAUGGAAUUCGUGGAGCUGCUUACUUUCGCAAAAAAGAACUCGGCUAACUUUGGUUUUACCAAUAAAACGGGCUUUAAAAUGAAAUUUAAACACGUGGAGGACGUUCCGAAUUCUCGACAUGCUCAAUUAAUGAAAAGUACACAUCCGUGUACAGAAAUAGACAUUGAACUGGAACCUUGUAACAUCGAAAUCGAUAUAACAAUUGUAGAUAGAAUAUGUGCUCUGCUGAACCCGCAGCCCAUUUGCGUUUGUAAUCCCGUAUCUAAUAAUAGGAGUACUAAUCAGCAAACUCUAUUUUACCAGGCUGUGGAAAGUCCCGCUUUGUCAGAUUUCGCUGCCGUUAUAAACGUUUCCUCCUCGAAAUGUACAAUAAAAUUAAGGUUUCCAAUACCAGAUUUAAGACCUUUACACGAUAUGAAUCGGGCGCCUUGGUGGAAGAGGUCGGUGAGAACGGAUUACAUGAUCUUGAAGCUGAAGAAUGCACAAAUUCAUUCGAUCAUAAAGAAUCACCCUCACUCCGUAACGAAGCACGAGAUUCAGUUCCAACAGUUGAUGUUCUCGUACGCGGAAACGGAAACGGAUGUUCCGUUAAACAUCGGGAACAUCAGUAUCGACGAAGAAAAGAAUAAUGCUUCGUGUCAGCAAGAUAACGAGGUGUUCGGUUUGGCUAGCAUCGUCAUCACGAUUUACCCGCAACGUUUAAGCGGUCAGCUGGAAGAGAGUUCCGAAGGAGAACAAGAUUCCAGUUUCGAUGAUAGUUUGGAAAAUGCGCCUAAGCAUCAACCGUCUCCGUUCAGCUCGAAGCGUGUUAUUCACGAAUCCGAUACGCCUCAUUCUAGACCCCACACGCAAGGUGAUAAGGAAGAUCCGGAGCAAAGAGAGGGUGAGGAGCUGAUUAUACCUGGCAACCGAGAAGAGAUGCUGGAGUUCAUGGACGGAGGCAUUCGUAGUUCCAGAAUACAAUUGGAAAUGAAUUUCCCCUGCGUUUCCGUCCAGAUACCAUCGAAACAUCUAUACGAAUUGCUGUACAAUAGAUUCAAUACUGAUCUGUUUUUAUGGAAAUCGUCGGCUCCGAGGCCGAAAUACGAGACUCACAUGGAGAAUCACAUAGGUCUUGAUUUAGCAUCUACUUUGCUACAAGAAUCUGUUCAUCCUACAUUUAGCUCGUGCAAAAACAGGAUGCAGUACGAUACGGAAUCAGAUUCGGAGGAGGAGGAGGACGGUAUAUUUCGUUCCGCGGCCGACAAAAGUUAUAGGCAGCAUCAGAGCAAAAUGUCUAGGAGCGGCCAGAGCAAUCUAGCACUAAUUUUGAAUAUAGAUCAAGGUCUCCUCUGCAUGUACAGCCCCGUUCGCGAUUCGAUGCGCAACGUGAUACCCGGACAACAAGGCGAAUUGAUGAUCAGACUAGAAGACGCGACGAUAUUUUCGGUGACCGCGUAUAAUGGGAAUUCGAAUCUUGGCUACGUCUGCGCCAUGAUAAAACAACUGUCCGUGGAUCAUUACGGAUUAACGACGACUCCCUCGCAGCCACCUUCGCUGAGACCUAUCAAUAGCAGCACGCCGCGACAUUAUCAAGCGGUUAUAUAUAAAAAUGAAUCGAGCGCGGACGCAUUGGGGAUAACCAACAAUGAUAAGGACAUGUUGAUGCUUGCUAUCCGGAUACAGUCUACUCAUCAAACUCAUCGUAUCAAAACUUUCAGAGUAGCGGUGGGCAUAACGAACGCCACGUUGAGGCAUAGAAUGUGUCUCACUGGUACGUCGUGGUUCACGCAAUUGACGGAUUGUUUAGACGUGGCCGAUCACCCCGUGGCCGGAUACGCCCCGCCGGGAAUAUUAACGGAACUGCACUUGCACCUCUGGGAUUGCAUGAUCGAUUACAGGCCGGUUCAUUUGCCACUGAGAUCGGCAGUGACUCUUGGCAAUUUCAGCGUGUCCAGCAACAUCGCGGCGCAUACAAACACUUCGACUUUGCGUUUCAUAGCCGAAGACAUCGCGUUGUUCAUAUCUAACAAAUUAGGAAAGACCGUCGAUUUAAAGAAGGACUACGUAUGCGUAAUGGACGUUGGCCUGUUUGAGCUAUCGUUGAAGCUGAACGAGAAGAUGUGCGGCGGUUCGCCGCGAAUCGAUUUGCGGGCAAGCAACAACGUGUUGCACGUGAGAACUUGUUCAGACUCCGGGCGUGCACUUAUUCAGUUGUUGACCUACUUUGCGAACGACGGGGACUUGUUACCAGCCGCGGAAGUGACCGACAGUACUACCAAGGUGUCCAGUUCUGGCGACGAGGAAAGUCUCCUCGGAGACGAGUGUAUCAACACUCUGAGCAAGAGCCAAGUCGAGCGCGUGAACGAUUUGAUGAAAGAAGCAAUGGAAGAAACAGUAAAAGGACCGUCGAGUACCGACAGUAGCACGGUGGCGACCGAGAAUCAGGUAGAAGUGUUCUUCUUCCCCGACGAAUCUCAUCCUCCCUCGCAAACAGUACCUGAGAUGUAUAAAAGUCCCGAGCAAUACGCAAAUGCGGAAUGUAAUAUAGAUUCCGAGGAUCCGAACGAAGAUUUUUGUAUAUUAGGCGAAGAGGCUGGAACGGGAAUCAUGCCUAGGCACGGUGUUCCCGAAAUCCGUUGGCUGUGCCAAGAAUCCUUAAGGAUAGUAGAUAAUCACUUCGCUGUGCCGCUUGGAAAGACCGAUCAGCUCAGAGCGCCGAGGCACUUCCCGCCGCCAAUUUUGAGGUACACUCUUUGCGAGAUGACUCUGGUAUGGCACAUGUACGGAGGGAAAGACUUUGAAACUCCGCAAACAGUCAAGAAGCACGUCGUGAUCAAGGAGGACACGCUUCGUCCUAACACAGCACCUUUGGAUAAGUACGUAUCGAUUUGUGAACGAACACGAGUUAAAUGUAUUUACAGUUCUUCGCACAGAACUAGAUUACCGUGUUGCGGCGGAGUGACGUUCAACAAGUCGAGUCCGAACGAGGUGCACUUUGGUAGCGCGCCGAAUUCGCCUCUUAAAAUCUGUAAGGAAACGACCGACUGGCAAGCGAUGGGAGGACCUGGCCGUUGCCACAACGUCCUAAUGGAGCUUCAGUUGAACAAAGUGCGUUUUCAGCACGAAGUCUAUCCGGAAGAUACAACGGAAGCGGCGAGACAGAUAUUAUUGAUAGACGAGAUCGAGAUUCGAGACAGAUUGGCAUCCUCGCAUAUCAACAAGUUCUUAUACCAAUAUAGCAGCGAAGCGAGACCUAAGCAGUCCCACGCUAACAUGUUCUCGAUGAAAGCGGUCCACGUCAGACCGGACCCGAAAUUGAGUGCUCAAGAGUGCUGUUUAAAGCUCAGCCUACUACCGUUGCGAUUAAAUAUCGAUCAAGACAGUCUAUUGUUCUUGAUAGAAUUCUUUAACGAACUGGGCGGUGGUUCGAAGCAGACUCAAGAGAAUGUUAGUACGGCCAAUAACCCGCAAUCCUCCCCGGUAUCCAAACAAGGGACACCGAUCCAUCAGCCACCGGUCAUGAGUGUGAACGAUACCGUGCCUAAUGAUUCCACGCCGAUGAAUCUGUCACAAAACGACGUGAUAGACCCGAAUUUAUUGAUAAUGUUGGAAGACGAAUUAAUGAUUAAAGAGAGUAAAGUGAACGUGAAGCCGACGCAGGAAGUUCAAGAGGAUGGGCAGCCCAUCUAUUUUAGGAGUGUGAUAUUUUCGCCCGAAGUCCUUGUUAGAUUAGAUUAUCACGGAAAGCGCGUAGACCUUACUCACGGGCCGUUAGCAGGCCUUUUAAUGGGUCUGGCGCAAUUAAACUGUUCUGAAUUAAGACUGAAAAGAUUGACACAUCGGCACGGACUUUUGGGAUUCGACAAGUUAAUAACGUUUUUACUAUCCGAAUGGUUGCAAGACAUAAAGAAAAAUCAGCUUCCAAGCCUGCUCGGCGGCGUGGGUCCUAUAUACUCGUUAGUACAAUUGUUUCAGGGGAUAAGAGACUUGUUUUGGUUGCCUAUCGAACAAUACCAGAAGGAUGGUAGAAUCAUCAGAGGAUUACAGCGUGGGGCGAACAGUUUUACGACUUCCACCGCGAUGGCGGCGUUGGAAUUAACGUCGAAACUGAUAUACGCGAUACAAAGUACUGCCGAGACGGCUUACGAUAUGGUCAGCCCCGGUCCCAGCGUCAGGCAUAAGCGCAGGGGACAGAAAGGACGUCGGAAAAGAUAUAGCCAGCCGUCGGAUAUUCGGGAAGGAAUGGCCAACGCUUAUAUGCUAGUGAAGGAGGGUCUGGAGGAAACGGCGAAUCAGUUAGUUCGUGUGGCCAGCGAGGAACACGAACAAAAAGGAGUCUCUGGUGCUGUGGGAGGUGUUUUACGACAGAUACCUCCAACGGUCGUGAAGCCGAUAAUUCUGGCUACUGAAGCGACCAGCAACGUUUUAGGUGGCAUGCAGUCACAAUUAGUACCCGAUGCCAGGCGAGAGGCAGCUCAAAAAUGGCGACAAGAUUCGGACGAUGUGAACUAAUGUUUUUUAGAUGUCGUACGAGUGUAUCAUAUUAUGAACCAUGACGUGAUUAUUACGGAAGGCGGAACGUGAUCUUACUUUCGGAAUGAGAGACUUUCGUGAAAGUCAAUCGGCUCUACGAUGCGUGAAUUUUACGAGAAUUUCUUACAGUUAGACCUAAUCGCAUAAAUUCUACGGGAGAACUCGAUGCCAUCUCUAAACGAUUUAACAUAUUCGUGCAACUAACUAUAUACAUAUAUAUACGUUUCAGUUCCAUUGGUUUUGUUACAUAUUACAAAGAGAUCGAUCCAAUUUGUCAUAUUUAUAGUUUAUAAAUGAAAAAUAUAUAUAUACAUAUAUAUAUAUACUAUCGUGAACACCGUUUUCACGGCUUGUAUGUAUUUUUGUUCUAAUAAUGCGUAUGUUUUAUACCAGUAUGUAUGCGAAAACCUUUAUUAAUAAAAUUAUGACGCUUAAUUGUC